AUGGGACGGACAAUGAUCGAAUUUUGGCCGGAAUUUGAAGGCGCUGCGUGUUAUGCGGCGCACAAGUACUUCGGAGACAAUAACAGACGCAGUUCUCGAAAAAAAGAGUACGAAACUUAUCAGUCAACGUUUUUAAGUGAGAUAUCGCAACUAGAAGUAGUUUUUGUUGAAAAAAAAACUGUAUUUUUGGAAGUUUUGUUUCCAGGAAUCAAAGAAAUAACUGGAUGCAAGAAAAUACGGAGAAAGGCAAGAAAGUUAAUCAGGCAGAGCCUCUUCUCCCGUAUUCGUCACGAUUCACAGCGACAUCUUCAAAAUUUAAAAAUCUAA